UAUUAUAUUUAUGAAAAAAAAAAUGGAAGGAAAAUGACUGCAUUGAAACAUUUUUCGGACCGGAAAUGUCCUACUACGCCAAAAACAGUCGGGGAUGAGGGAGCAAAUUGUCCGGUUACCGUACUAAAGUGGGUAUUAGCCUAAGCAGGUUCCCUACAUUUGAAAAUGUUCUCUGUGUAUUGGACAAUAUAUUAUUUUAUAUGCAGAUAAAUCGAUCGAUAAGUAUUCUAUAUUUAAUAGUUAAUACGUAGGUAUGAGCAUGUACUAGUAUCUGCAAAAGGUCGACUUCGUGUCCAAGGUAUAAAUUGUAUACAUAUAUUUCUUAUCAAACUCUGUACAUUUUUAAUGAAAGCUUGAUUGAUUUUUUUUUUUUUGGGUAUAUUUACAAACCAAAUGUGAUACCUAUGUCAUAAGCUCAUAACAGUCAUAACUCAUAUUUUUUAAAACUUGUUUAUAGUGCUUACCUGUUAGCUGUACAAUAUAAGGUAUAUACAGAUCAAAGCGAGGUUUUACAUUCUAAUGAUGGUCCAUAUUCUGAAGAAAUUAUUGGGCAGUACACCAUGGAAUUGCCUGUAUUUAGUAAUAAAAAAAUAAAUAGUACUCAAAAUCAACAGCGUAAGAAGAAAAAAGUUUUAAAACCAAUACGUAUGCACACAUUAUCGGCCACAAGAAGAAGACAAUCAGGCGUAUCAAAGUCACCAUAUCUAACUACUUAUACUAGUUGUACUGGAGCCCGAUCAAAUUCAUCAAAUGUCAAUAAUUUACUAAUUAACGAUCAUAUAUUACGGAUCAAAAAACUAGAGAAUGAACUGAUUGAAGCACAUAUGAAAACACGUGAAUUGAUCGUAGAAAACCGUUUAUUAAAAACACUGGAAAAGCGACAUGAAAAUGCACUAUCUAUGUAUGAAGGUAAACAAGCCAAGCUACCACAGGCAAUUAAAUCAUAUGAAGAGGAAAUACGCACAUUAAAAAGCCAAAUACGUCAAAUUAAAAUUUCAUUUAAAGAAAUGGAAAAUAGAUACAAGUCACAGAAUAUUGAAUUAAUAGCUUUACAAAAACAAUACAAACACCUUUUAAGUUUAUCUCAAAAUAAACAGUUAAGUAAAAAAGAAAAUUUAUCAGAUCAAUUAGAAGAAGCACGGAGUACAAUAAAAAAACAAGAUGAUAAAAUUUUGAAUGUUAUGAAAAAAUUAGAACUUCAAAAUAAAUCUCAUAGGUAUCAUAGAAAUGUAGAAAAUAUUAAAAUUAAAGAAUUACAACAUGAAGUCAAACGUUUGGAAGAUGAAAACAAAAAUCUAAGAUUGUGUUUGGAUAAACUUAAAAAUAAAAGUUAUGGUCCAAGACAAAGUUUUACAAAAGGCAUAACUGAAGAUUCAAUAAGUAUAAUAUCUCGUGUAUUAAAGCCUAUACAAACGAUACAUGAUGGGCAAGGUGAUGUAAUAGAUGAACCUUUUUACAAAACGAAUGAGUCAAUAUCCCUUAAACCAGAAAUGUUUCAUGAACAUCGAGAAGAAAACAGAAGAUAUUCAAUGAAAAAUAAUAAAGAAUCAUACACAUCAACAACACCAAGCAGUAUGUCUUGGAUAGAAAAUGAUAUGACGAAGUUGACAAAAGAAAAUCAACCAGAACUAUUAAAAACUGUAAAAAAUGAUUUUGAAAAUAAAAUCAAACAUAAAGCUACAGCUCCAUUACAAGUACCAGGAACCUCCAUGACUAGAUCACAAAAAGAUAUACUUUUAGCAAAAUUAAAUCAAGUCAGUGAGGAUAAAGACAACUAUGAAAAUUAUUAUAAGUCUAAACUACUAAAACAAACAAUCAAUAAGAGGUACUCAUCAUAUGAUUCUGACAAUAUGAGUGGUGAAUCUUCCAACAACGAUAGUUCACAGGAAUAAUGGAGUAUUAACUAUAUGUUUUAUACUUGCAUUGACGCA